AAGAUGGUUCCCAAGAGCAACCGAUUGCAUUUGCUUCAUACGUACAUGGAAUUUCUAAUAAAUACCUUAUUUGUUUAUGUCGGAAUCGUCGAGUUGUUAUAUGGUCGUUGAAAACACGCAGAUAUUUAGAGUCCAAUCCACUUUCUUUUAUUCAAGAUGAUGAUACAGACACGGAUAUGAAUGAUCCUGAAGACUGGCCAUUAGAUUAUAAUGAACCAUUAAAUCCAUUACCCCCAAUUCCACAAAAAUAUAUUCAGGCAUUAGUGUCAAGUAAUAUACAUAGUCCAAUGUCUUUCCAUUUUGUCGUUUUUAUUCCUACUUCUGGUGAUGGUUUCUUCAGGCUUUAUCGCGUUCGAGUCGAUUCAUCAGGCGGUUUAAAAGAAAUGUUUAUGAUCGGUCAAACAUUUAAUAAUCCAUGUGAACAGCUUCAAAAUCGCGAUUUUCCUUUUCGAAAUUUAGUAGACAUGGGAUUAACACAUGGUCAUUUAGUAGAAGAAAAAGAACCCGACAAUGGAAAUGGGCAAACCUGGAGGCAAGAAUGGAGAUUAUGGGCAUUAUGGAAACGAAAUCGUCAAGCAACAUUGACUUAUACAAAUUUUAAUAUAACUUAUUACGGUUCUUACGAUAGCAACAUUGAAGAUUCUAUCUCUGCUAUAGAAAUGUUUAAUUUUGGAAAACGAUGGGAGUUUGUCACAAAUUCACCAAUUAAAACUCAUGACCAUGGAUAUUUAUCUAAUAUGCUUAAAGAUGGUGAUGAGCAAUUGGAUUAUGUCCAAGUUUAUACAAACUACUUAUUUUGCCCUGGACGAUUUUCAUCAUCUAUCAUUAAAUACGCACUUAAAAAGUAUAUUAAAAGCAUUGUAAAAGAUGAAUCUCAAGAUUUUGAUCUUUCGAACGUCGAAGGAGAUCUUAAACAAAAAGUAAAACAAGUGGUAGCAAGACAUAUUCGUUUACGUAACGAUCGCGAGAACGACAUUCCACUCGAAAAUGAACAUAGAACAAGUGUCAUAAAUGAAUGGUUACGUUUUGUAUUAUUAUGUAUUGAAAUACGAGAACGUGCUAAUCUUCCGUUGAGUCUUUCUCUCGUUCAAACUGGCCCUUUCGUAGGUAUUACUCAUCAAGAUAGCAUAUCUGUGCUUCGUGUUUGCGAUAUAUUAGAGUUCCUACAACAUUAUACUGGAGAAGAGGCUCACGAAUUAAAUUUAAGUAUAUCAUACAAUCAAUUACUUCCAUUGUAUCCUAUGACAAGUGAAUGCGAAGAGGUUGAUAUCAUAAAUGUGUUCGCCGCUGCGAACUUGGUUAUAUCUCCUAUGACAGAAGUUGAUUUAUUAAUUUUUGACCGUAAAAUCGUUCAAACACUACCUAAACCGAUGAUGGUUUCGGUGGCGCAAAGUGUUUCAGACUUAUACGAUAAUUAUUUACGUCACCGUUUGUCACCAGAUUUAAAGGCUAAAAUAUGGUCUAGAUUGGACUUGUGUUCACGAUUAGAAAGAGCAUUUCACACCAUUAUUGGAGCUUUGAAUGACGUCAAAUUUAUAAUUCAUGAAAGGGAUGAUAGAAUUGACACGGCUAAAACUACCAUUUUCGUGGACGCUUUAAUAGCAUCAGCUGCAACUGAUGUUAUUCAAUCUCAUUAUAUUAUAGCUCGUAAUAUCUUUCUUUUGUUGGUAGUAAUACUUAGCACUAAACCAAAUUCUGGUUUUGAUCAGAGAGC